GGCUUUAUUAUUUUUUUUUUCAGCAACUAAUAAUAUAUUUCAACAAAGGAGAUCAUGGCUUUGAUAAUGUCUACAUGGACAUGAAGACCAUAUUCAGAGCUUUUGGGCCAGAUUUCAAAAAGAAUCACCUAGCUGAGCCUUUUGACAGCAUCCACAUCUACCCACUCAUGUGUAAGCUCCUGGGGGUUACCCCUGAACCCCAUAACGGCUCCCUGGCAGUCACCCAGGAAAUGCUUGUGCAACAUGAGCACAAUGAGCAGCAGCAGCCAGGAGCAGAGACACAGAAGACAUUCCCUCUCCAGAAGAUAGCGUUUGGCCUCGGGAUUGUGACAGGAGUUCUUGCCGUUCUGUGUGUUGCUAGUGUGAUAUACACAGUCAUUCGUCGGAAAAAGAAGCAGAGAGCUGAUCAAAUGAGCAAAAGUGGACCAAUCGGCCCGGCCCAGUUCUGAAGCAUCAUUCCCUUAAGACCAAGCCUUGGCCCUGGUUAAGGCUCAUCAUAUCUCAGAUGAUUCUACCUCAGGAUACCGUGAGGAAGAGGAUUUCUGCAACAUCAGACCCAGAAACCAUUAAUUCCGUGUAAAAACACAUCAAUAAUCACGGCCCACCCUCUUGAUUUAAAUCAACAGCGUGGAGAGAAUAAGACAAACCGUUCCUGUGUCAGAUCCUGUGCUCACUUGGUACUGGUGGAAGAACAGAUAUGAGAAUAAAUGCAUUCCAUUAGAAUUAA